AAGAAGAUAGAAAUAAAGAGGCAAUCAAACUGAGGAAUAAAAGCACACAUGCAUGAGCAGGCACACACACACUCAAACACAAGCACAUUCAUUAAUACAUACAUGCACACACACACAUUGCAUAAUGUUUACAAGUUUUCCCCGUCACAUCUAUAAAACUAACUCACAUGAAUAGAAGCCAUUUUAUGGCAGCCGCUUACAAGGAACUGCCCUGAACAAGUGUACUGAAAUCCAAAGAAAUAUUCCAGUCAGGAAUUGAAGCCCAGACGUUUUACUCUGAUCUGCUUUUACUUAGCUUGACAUGUCUUCUCAAGCGAAAAAAGACAGACAAAAUACCAAAAAAAAACAUUUUUUCAGGUGUGCUAAUGAUUCUGACAGCUUGCCACCUAAUAUGAAUUUUAAAUUAAAGGAAGAGGAAGACAGCUUCAAGAUAUCAUCACUCAAAAUGAAAACAGCUUUAACAUAUUAUCAUAAGCAUAAAGAUGAAAUUGAAACCUUGACAGAUGAAGUUUCAGAUGAAGUUUCAGAUGAAGAUUCACAAAAAUUGCAGAAGCAAUAUUCCCAUGACUUAAGAAACAAUAGACAUAAAAAAGGUGACCAGAAAAAGCAGGAAAUAGUUAAAGUACCAAGUAUUUUGCCCAAAGCUGGAUACAAGCUAACAAUCGAUGAAUGUGCAAACAAUAUGAAAAUGUUGGAAAACAAAAAGGAUCAAUUUUGCAGUUACUUAGAAAGUGAAGGAUUAAAUAAAGAACUUUUCAUACAAGAUCUUAUUCACACAAUAAACAGAUUGUUUAAAACCAAUUCUGAUGAUUAUAUUGUUCAGAAAGAAGUUGCCUCUUUUCUUGAACAAUGUUUUGACUUAUACACAAACAGCAACUCUUUCUCACACAAGACCAUUGUCAUGCAAAAGCCGUUGAAAAAGUUUCGGCCACUCUCACCGGAUGUGCCCAGAACAUUAAAUUUCAGUGCUUCAGAUAAAGAUUCUCCAAACACAAUUUCAAAUAUUGUCACAAUCGAGGGCGGAAUAGUGACAUAUUCACUACAUUUGAUGACUUUAUCUUGUUCCACAACAGAUGGUGACUGCAAUGUAGUUCAUAGUCCUUCUCCAGUCACUGACCUUACCAGAGUUGAUAAACAAACUGUUAUGGCAACGAUCCCAUUCAGGAAAAAAAUUAUCAUUAUUAAUCCUUCUAGUUGUCAAAUGAAAACUUUUCAUUGUGGCUUUAACAAAAUUUUUUAUGUGAAGAAUUGUACCUUUUUAGGUAUCAAAUUGUUUAGUAAAACAAUAUAUCUCGUAGACUGGGUUCAUAAUACAGUUGAAAGCAUAUUCAGUCUGAAAGACGACCCUACAAAUAUCGCCGUAGGAACAAAUGAUAGUAUGUUAAUAACAUUUGCCAACAUAAAUAGAAUUGCUUGUUAUAAUUUUGAAGGUCAACAGUUAUUUCAGUUAUAUAGCCAUUCUCUCACUGCUCCAACUGACCUCACUGUUUACGACAACUAUUUUUAUGUUCUCCAAGGAAAUAUCAUUUAUAAGAUUUCAUCUACAGGUAGUGUAUCACAGAGAGAAAUUGGGAUAAAAGCUCGAUAUUUUUCUGUAAGCACCAAAAAUAUUUUCUUUUCUGAUUAUUUCGGUGUUGGACAUGUUGUUGGGAGAAAUGAAGACUUUUGGCCAAGGUUAACUUGCUCACAGCAGAAACAAGCCCCUGUUUUGAACAAUCAAAUUUACAUUGAUGACCCCUACCAUAUUAAAAAGAUUCUACCUAUGACAAGCUCUUCUGUGUUAGUUACUUAUUGGAAUCUAAAAGCUAUAUUAUUUGCUGAUAAUGGAACAAAAAUUUGGAGAAAAUCAUUAACUUUCCAGUUCCAACCUACUGACUUUUGUAGAUUGGACUCAAGCUCAUUUCUUGUUCUGUUUAAAGAAAACAGGAAAAUUCAAUAUAUUACAUGCCCUGCUGAUUGUCCAGUACUAAACCAAGGCCCCAUGAUAGACGUCCAUGCUCAUUACAUUCAAAUGUGUCAUAUAGUAUCCAAUAAGUUUUUGGCUCUAACCACUGAGGAAAACAAAGAGGUACAUAUUCUGUUGGUUAAGGAGAAUGAAGUUGUUAUUGAAAACAAAAUUUCAUUAGAACAUUAUGAUGUCAGCAUUGCUGCAACUCCAAUCAAUUUUGUUGUUGUAAUCAAGAAGGAACAUAAACUGGUAUUUUAUUCAAUUCACUGCAAAAAGCUUUUCGAAAGGCAUCUUGAUUUCAAUGGCUAUCCUCAUCAUAUCUUCACCAAUAAAAUUUACUUCUAUGUUUUCUACAGUAGAGAGUCAAUUGUCAUAUGUUAUGAUAUAUAUGGAGAAGUUAAAUGGUGGCUGCAACUUCCUUCAGCUACUGUCUCUACUAUUGGAGUUGUCAAAGGAACUAUUUGUGCAGUGGACUCUAACCUCCACAAGAUCCUUUUUUACAAUUAUCGUGAAUGGUCAAAUUGUUGUCUACACUCAAGAAGUCCUUAUAUCAGAAAUCUAAAUAUACGAUACAGUGCUGUUGAUGAAAAUGAGAAAAUUCUCAUCUCUCAAAUAUAUCAUCUGCCGAACAGACAGGUGGUUGUGUCUGAUAUAAAUAGUGAGUGUUUGUUAUAUAUUUCUAAAAGAGGACAGGUUGUGCAUACAUUCUCUCUGCCAUCCUUAGCUACAGAUAUAUGCCGAUGGGAUAGUAGCCAAAUGGGAGUGACAUUACCACUUGAGAAAGAAUUAUGGAUUAUUGGAAAUUUAUCAAAACGAGUUAGAAUUAUAUCAUUAAGCCAUUCCUAUGUAAAGGCCUGUAAACUUAGUGAAGGUCGAAUUGUUUGCUUUUGUGAUAAACCAUAUCAUUUAGACAUUGUAUCAGUUCAAAAACACAACCAAAGUGAAAUAAUUUCUACAGUCAAUAUUCCCUUUUUGAUAAAAUCAUUAACAAUAGAAAAUGAAUCACUGAAUCUAUUAAUUGUUGCUAAGAAGAAUAUAUUUGUGUACAAUACUUCAUCAAAAAUGGGAUCCAGUCCCUUACACUCCUGUUUCAAAGCUCAACAUUCUCUGUAUGGUGGAUGUAUUGAUAAAAAAUUUAUUUAUCUGAUCGAUGAAAGCCGUAUGUUUGCUAUAAAUGACCAUGAUUUAGUGGUGAAAGAUUACGUUACAAAUAAUCAGCUGAAUAUGUCCCUUGACUUAUUAGAUGUUUUCUCCAGAAAGAUUUGUGUCAGUGAAAUGCUGACUUCUGCAUUGUAUAUCGAGGAUCUGACAGUUUCCGAUAAAGCACAAGAAUUUUUGAUACCUCUUUGUUUGGGAGACAAAAAGCCAGUGGCUGCUGAAUGUUCAGUUAUUACUGAAAAUAACUUAAUUGCUGUAUACGACAGAAAUAAUAAUAGCAUUAAAUUAGUAACUUUUGAUGGUCAACUUCUUGACUCAAUCCAUCUGGACGUUCUCCUUCAUCAUAUGUGUCGCUGGAAGUCAAACACACUGGUUAUUACAACUGAUACAAACCAACUUUUAACAUUAAAGACAGAUUUUCCAUUGUCCUUUUCAACUUACCAAACAGAAAAAUGUUAUAAUUGUAUUGCUUCUUUGUCAGACAAUCUAUUUGUUUGUGACCAUGGUAUUGAGAGAUUUGAGAAAUAUACUCUGUCUGUGAUCCAUAUCAAUGAAAGACAGUCAGCCAUUCAAAUAGAGAAAGAAAUAGACUUAACUGGGAUCAAAUCCUCCAGUGACUUCUCACAUAUUACAGUUAUUGCUAAUGAUAUCAUUGUUGUCUGUGGUGAUGCAUUUACCUAUUUUCUAAACUCUGAUGGAGAACGUUUACAUUCAUUUAAUCACCUUUUUCCAUACAACUGUAUGACAAAUGAUGGUAUUUAUGUGUACAUUCCUAUGUGGAAUGCCACCAGUUCACAUACACAUGUUGUCUGUUUGUCGCAAACUGGUGAAUACAAGAAAAUAUUUUUGAAUAAAAAACGUUCUGAAUGCAAAUUCUAUUUCAACAAUAUUAACUGUAAUGGUCCAAGGUUUGCUGGAAAUAAUGAAACAUCUUUAUAUGUUGAAGGCUUGUUCAAACUUAAUCGAGAAAAAUUCCAUGUUUGCCGACUACAGACUGACCUCUAUUCUGUUCAGGUAAAAGAUAUAGACAUUUCUGUUGAUGGUAAGACAGUUGUGAUUGAAAAAGCCAAUCCUGGUAAUGUUAAAAUGUUUCAGAGAAAUGGGAGACUGUUAUGCCACACAAAUCUUGGAACAACACUUGGUGGUGUGUGUUUCUCAGAAAAAUAUAUCAUGGUCACAGCCCCUGACAGAGAAGAAAUAUUUCAACUGAAUCGAGAUUUGACAAUGCAUAAAAUUUGGCAAAGUCUUGUACCUUACGGUGUAAUAUGGAGGAAAGUGAAAAACAUCUACUGGUGUGCACAUAUUAACUUGACUGAAUAUCAUGCAAUACAGAUAGACAACAACAAACUGAAUGUUCUGGAAAGUGUGUCAUUAUUGAAGUUUGGUUCUAUUCUUCAUUUCCCUUCCAGUAAAGUUCAAGCAGAUAAUAAAAAAUUCAGUCAUGAACAAAGUAAGGAAUUGGAAAACAGUGAAUCAGGAGGCACAUCAGAGGAUAUAAUUUACAAAGGUAGACUAAAGGUGAGAUGUGGCAAUUACAUCGCAUAUAGUAUGUCAGGAAGUGAUCAAGUAGCAGUCAGGAGUCUGCCUCAUAGAACAACAAUGUUUCCUCUUCCCUUAACUACAUUUGGAGAAGAGGAAUAUAGAAUGUACAGAUAUAUUAAGCCAGUUGUAUUACAAAACAAUGCCGUUGUGUUCUUAUUUAAAAAUACUCUUACAAUGACCACAACAGAAGGUCACGUAAUUCAGCAGAGAAAAAUAAAUAAAGUCCCACAGGACAUAUGUUGUUGGACAGCAGAAUGUUUUGUAGUUGUCUUUCAUGAGGAGAAACAACUAAUGUUCUUCAAAGAAGAUCUGUCUCUUUUAAAAACAAUCGACACUAAGAGAAACUACAACAUGAUUUAUAAAAAGAAUGAAAAUCAACUGGUGUGUGCGUGUGAUGUUAAAUCAUGUAGAAUUAAUUCAUAUGUAGACGUGCUUAACAUCAAUGAUGAAACAUGUGAUUACAGUCAGAAAAUUAUUAUUGAAGACAAAGCUAUCUCAGCAAUUGGUGUCACAUCAAGUGAAGACAUUAUUGUUAUCAAAGACAAGAAAGUUCAAUGUGUUGUUUGUUGGUACAGAGGAGGAGGAGAUUUAGUUAGGAGUUUAACACUACCAUUACUAAAACUACCAUUUCAAGGCAUUUCUGAACGGCCACUGACCAUACAUGGUGAAAAUGUUUUCAUAGCUGAUUUAAAUAAAGAUAUUUAUCAAGUUUCUUUAUACAGUAAGUGCCAAACUUUACUCAGUUCUGAUGAUAUUGAAGUUCGUUAUGUCAUGGCCUUAUUUGCUUCAAACAAUUCUCUUGUAGUUAUUGGAGCUCUUGGAGAUAAUACUUGCUGUUUCUUUAAUUAUGAGAGAUAAGUUCUGCAGCUGGGCUGAAAAAGCUAAGAAUGUGAGCAUCUAAUCAAAAAGUCAUUACAUUUAUCUAUGAAAUUGGAAUUACAUUUAAGAAUUUCAAGAGUUUCUUCUCAGCACAAACAUAUAUCAUAUGAAGUGUAUUUUGGGAAAUCACCAUAACUUUUCUACUACUAAUCACUCCGAUUUAUUUAUACAAGAGCCCUGAUAAAGAUUCUGAUACCAUUCUCCUUCUAGUUUCAAUACCAAUAGACACAGACUGAUAUAGAAUGAAAACUGAAAUAUGUUAGUCCAGUCACUAAUGGACUUAUGUUUAAUUCUUUGAUAAUUAAAAUAAGACUCAGUCAUUUCUCAAUCCCUAACAAAAUUUUUUACAGAAUGCAUACAAAUACAUGAGAAAUACUGAGAAAAUGUUGAAAAUGUGUAGAAUUCUUAUAUAAAUAUCAUUCAACAACGGUAAUAGUUGAAUAAUAUUCUUAACUUAGCUUUUUUGUCGCAGUCUCACUAGUUAUUCCAAGCAGUCUCACUAAUUUAGUUUUAAUCAAAAUCAAAUUUUAUUUUUUGAAUUAUGCUUGACUAGUGAUAAGCUACAUUAGACAUAAAAUAUUUAAAAACUGGUGCAGUAGAACAAAUGUUAAGAGAAAAAUGUAUAGACCAAAUUGGCUAACUGACGGGAAGUAAUGCCCAGCAUUUAUUUAUUUAUUUAUUCUAUUUACUUAGGUUUCAUUGCUCUUUUAAAAUUACGAUUUAAGCAUUGUUGUCUCUUAAAUAUUUAGAAUCUACGAUUAUGAAGUCUCUCUCCUGGCUGUGGUACUUAUCCAUUUUCUUUGACUUUAUUCAAAAAAUUUUCUAUCGCUCCUUUCAAAAUUACGAUUUAAGCGUUGAUGUCUCUGCAAUUUAUGUUUAAACAGCCUUCUUUGAUUCUGUUUCAAAAGCCCAAAGAAUAAAUCCAUCAUGAUGUGCUGUUUGACUGGUCCCCCCCUCUCUCUCUCUAUAUAUAUAUAUAUAUGCCUUUCUCUCGCCAUGCCUCUGUCUAUCUCAAUCUCUCUAAAUCAGUCUCUCUCUCUCUCUCUACUCCCCUCUAUCGUAGUUUCCUUAAGGAUUCAGGUUCCGGGUAUAUAAAUAAGAAAUCCCUUCUAAAUUGUCUCAAUCUACUCUCCGCUGACAUAACUACAACGAAGUCUCCAAGAUUAUGUUGCAGAUAAGAUAGAUCUUUAUUUUACUCUACAGCCUCAAAAUUUUUCUCAAACUUUGCGUUUCCCCACUCCCGUCUGUUCUCCAUCAUUUAUCUGCUUCUCUCCAUGAAAUUCAAUUGAACUCAGUUUUUGUCUUAAAUUCAUACUUAUUCAUUUUCCUUACUUUAUUCAAAAUCUUAUCGCUCCUUCCCUUAAAAUUACGAUCUAAGCUUAGCCAUCUUUCCUUGUACAACGGCUUCCUAAAUUCAUGCUAUUUAUUUAUUUAUUUAUUCUAUUUACUUAGGUUUCAUUGCUCUUUUAAAAUUACGAUUUAAGCAUUGUUGUCUCUCAAAUAUUUAGAAUCUACGAUUAUGAAGUCUCUCUCCUGGCUGUGGUACACCCGCCCUCUCACCCCCUCCACCGGAAGUUCAUUCCUGUCAUCCUCGGCUGUCUCCUGGAACCCAUCUAGUGGCCUCACACCAUCCCCUCCCCUACCUUUGGGUAGCGCAUAAAGUUUGUGUAAUGUUUGCAGGUUGUAGGUACUGUUUUGCUUAUGAAUUCUGCCAAUUGCAAGCUUUCUUUUCAGGUACACGACACUGCUUUUCCCCUUCCCAGGCUACAGGCCCACACCCCCAACACCCAUACUGUUAGGAUUGGCACUCUCAAUGUCGGCAUGCUGAAAGGUAGAUCUGGUGAAAUUGUUGAGAUGCUUGAACGGAGACGCGUGGAUAUGUGCUGCAUCCAGGAAGUAAGACGGAGAG